UCAAAGCAUGAUCCAUCAUAACGUUGAGCGUAGAUAAGAAUGCUGAGUCCCUACCAAAGAAAAAACUGCGCAUGGCUCGUUAAUUCCGCCAAUCGUAUCUUGGUUUUCGCUUUCGCGCCAUAUUCCGUGCCUUUUCCCAAUGGUUUCUCACUAGACGACGAACUGCGACAAGUGAGAUUUUACGAUCAGCCCCUAAAUCGAUUUUUGUCCGUUUUAUCGGUGAAUGAUAGUCUCUUUGAUCAUCAAUAGAUUACUUGUGAAAAAUUAAACGAUUGUAACCGUUUGUAGCACCAAAAAGGCCAAUGUCACGAAUCUCAACGUUGAGCUUUCAUUGAGUUUGGUGAAGCACAUACGUAUGUACAUACAUGUACUGACUAGUAUGUAUUAGUAAGGAACAGCAAAAUACUUCCUAUUUGGCCUUAGCGCAACAAGUGUCAUGUUUAAAGACAACAACCAAUGGGCACAAACACAGCAAUGACAUCGAGUACUAAUGAAUGGAUCCGCACAAACGUGGCGCUGAAGAAUUUUAUGGAGGACUUCCUCUGUUGCAAAUGUAAAAAUACUGCACAAAAUCCAAUUCGUUACCAGAAUUGUAGUCACAUUUUCUGCUCAGCAUGCGUCCGUGGGGCAAAAUUGAUAUGUUGGAAAUGUAAAACUUCGGUCAAACGUAACGAAGUCUACUCGGACAUCAUUGCUGCAGGAAUCAUCACUUAUGGCGAGACUAUUGCUCAAAUAAUCAACCAAAAAGAGUCGCCAUCCAAAAAUGACAGACAACAAAGCAGUAAUGUGUCGAUCCAAGAACAUGAUGUAUCUCUUAGAACACGGAAUAUUCCUAAAGGCGAUAUCAAUAAACCUAACAUGAAGGGCGAAACUCGUUUACACACUGCUUGCAUUAAGGCAAACACUGAUAUGGUUCGUACUUUAUUGGAGGCUGGGGCAAACCCAAACACCAAGGAUCACUCCAAUUGGCUACCCCUGCACGAAUCUGUGAGUUUCCAUCAUUACGAAAUCUGCGAAUUGCUCCUCGAAGCAGGAGCCUUACCGAAUACCCCAGGACAUUUCAAUCGAACCGCUUUACACGAAGCUGUCAUGGAGGAUGAUUCUAAGCUAAUUGAACUCCUUCUGCAACACAACUCUGAUUUAUCUGCCCGUGAUUGUUUUGGCAAAACGCCGCUUGAUUAUGCAGUUUCUGAUGAAGUCCGCAGGCUUUUAACUGACUAUAAACCUGCAAAGAAUCUUUUGGAAAAAUCAAUAGCGAGCUCUCUGAAUAUAACUUGCAACAAUAAGAGUUUCACAUGGAAUGGAAUCAAUGUUUUUGGUUCAAAUCUAAGUAGCGAGAAUCGUUCACUUCUUAUCCAAGUGGCUAAUAAACAUAGACUCAAGAUAGUGAAAGAUUUCAAACCUACGGUAAUGCUUGUAGUAGUAGAAGUUAACAACCAAAAUACAACACCUCUGAGCAACGACAUUCUUUUGGCGAUCCUCCAUGGAAAAUGGAUAGUUUCAACUCAGUGGCUCAGACACUCUAUGGAAUUGGAAGACAUGAGUGUGGAGGACUUGGAACAAUUUGAAGUACAGGGUACAACCGGUAUGCCAUUUAGUGGUAUUCCUACAAGGGCCAGAACAAACUCACAGAAACAGAAUCCAAAGCUUUUCAAUGGCUGCUAUUUCUUCUUCCAAAUGAACGGCCAGUUUUUAUAUUCCGUUGGGAGAUUGGGGUUCACAAUAGCGGACCUUGCGCAUUUAAUCACCGAGGGUGAAGGAGGCGACUUGAAACAUCCCUUGCAUAAGUGUUCCCAUUACAUCAUAUAUGCGCCUGGUAAGGGAGAGCCUGCUAUAAAAUACAAUAUGGAUCACAUCAAAUCUUUGCCAUUAAUUUGGCUCAUUACUUGUAUUGAACAUUUCGAGUUGUUAGACCCGGCUUUUAUCGGAAUAACGCAGUAACGAUUAUCUCGACAUAUGGUACCGUUCUGUCCAACAGAAUGAAAAACAGGAUAUUCAUUCCAAUUUAUUGUUUUAAACGCUGAAAUUUAUCAAAUUUUCCAAUCUUACGUUCAGUUAGAUGUGUAGACCUGCUAUUUUAUUUAAUGAAUAUUGUGUAUCGAUUUUUGUCGUAUUUAUCGUGUGUUUAUUGGAGGGUUUACAAUUGCGGUUAGUUAUAAUUAUUCGUGUUUAUGUAUUAAUCGGGCAGAGACAAUGUCCUUGUUUUGAAAUAUGUAAAUAAAUACCAAUGAUAUGCGUAAAUAUUAA